UAACUGUGAAUUUUCUACUAAAUAAUUAAAAAAAAUUAAUAGAAAAUAAAUUUCCAACGCACAUCAUCUAAACCCCAAAAGUAUAUUAUACAAAAUGACUGCCAAGCCCAGUGAAAGUGAUAUGCCUAAAAUGGCACCUGAAAUACCACGUUUAAAUUCGGAAUUAGCCGCACAAGCUGCUUUAAGAGCACAACAGUUGCUGCGCAAACAGGCCUCACAAGAGGAGCAGCAGCAUCACACUGGCAAUCAUAGUAAACCGGUUAUGCAGCUGCCUCCCAAGCCUCAUGGUGCCCAGCCUCCUCCCUUGCCGCCUCAGCAUAAUAAACCAGUUCCUGCUAUACCGGCCCGUUCGGCUGAUAGGGCCCCACCACCAGAGAUACCACCUAAACGUCAUAGUUUAAAAAGUUUGCCAGAUGGUUUUAAUUUGCCUCCACCCGGCAGGCAGCCGCCGCCUUUGCCCAAAAAGCCCAUGUCGGCUCAAAGUUCGGCCCAAAGUUCCACACAAAAUAGCGCACAAAAUUCUCCUCUAGCGGUGGCCAAAUUUAAGGAUAAGCCUCCAGUGCCGCCCGAGAAACCGGAGAUCAAAAGAUCCUCAAAUCCCUUCGACAUGCCUCUGGACAAAAAUGUACCCUCUCCAGCCCCCACUAGGGCCAGUGAUUUGAAGAAAUCCUCUACUGCUUCCUCUUCUAAUACAUCUUCUUCUUCACGUCUUUCUCCCACUGAUGAUUUUGGUUCGGAAGAUGCUUUGCGCGGCAUAGAAAGUGGCAUACGCAAUAUGGAAAGAGCCAUGCAGGAGCAAAUGAAUCUACGCUCUUUCGAGGCUGCUCAAAGUAAUUUUGAUAUGCAAUUUAAGGCCGCCCUUAGUAGUGGACAACGUCAUAUUUCCGCCGUCAAUAUGAGGGCAGCUGCCUAUGAGCGUAAUCUGUCUUUGGAUGAAAAUGCUGUAGCAGCCCAAAGUGCUGCUGCCGCUGCCAGACAAUCCAUAGAAGAAAUUAAACAAUUAAGAGCUCAGGCGUUACAGAACUCCUCCACCAAUAAUCUAAGUCAAUUGGAACAAUCGCAACAGCAAGCCAUGCGUUCUACCAUAGAACAUCAUAUGCGUUCUUUAGAUCGUAACUUACCUCUUGAACUGCAAUACAGUCGUCAUCGUCAGCAUAUGCCAUCGGCUGCCGCCGCCGCCGCCCCUUCCGCAGUAGCUGCUGCAGCACCACCACCACCUUCAUCAGCCUCAGCUUCGGUUACAGCUCCCAUUGUGGUACCGGCCUCCUCAGGACCUAUGCCUCUUAGUUCAGAAUUUAGAGAACAUAUUCGUCAACAAUUGUUGGGCAACAUUCCCGGCACUGUGGUACACAACACAGGCCAGAGUCCUGGUUCAGCUGCUGCUGCUGCCUUACUACAACAUCAGGCUCAAUCGAGAGCCGCCGCUGCUGCUGUAGCUGCCGCCCAGGCUGGUGGUGUGGUAGGUGGUGUACCGAAUACUGUAACAGCUGCUUUAAGCCGCGAAGAAAUGCGCAUGCGUCGACGUUCCUCACACGAUGAGACACAAAUGUCUCAGGCUCCUGCUAUACCGGUUACUCGUUUAAGAGAGCACUGGGAUGAGACCUCACAAUGUGUUCUUCAAAGAGCGGCUCAGCUGAAAAAUAUGCUCAGUGAUUCACAAAGAUAUGAAGCUAAACGUUUGGAGCUUGAGAAAUGGUUACAACGUAUGGAAGCUAGAGCUGAACGUAUGGGUACCGUUGCCACCACUGCUGAUAUUUUGGAGGCUCAGCAAAAGGAACAAAAGUCCUUCCAUGCUGAACUCCAUCAAAAUAAACCGCAAUUCGAAAUCUUCAAUCAGUUGACCCAGAAACUCAUAGCCGUUUAUCCGGCUGAUGACACCACCCGUAUAAAGAAAAUGACCGAAGCCAUAAAUCAAAGAUAUUCCAACUUAAAUAAUGGUGUCAUUAAUCGUGGCAAACAAUUGCAUGCCGCUGUUCAUAGUUUACAAUCGUUUGAUCGUGCCAUGGAUCAAUUUUUAGCUUUCCUCUCCGAAUCGGAAUCAUUAUGUGAAAGUGCUGAAGCUGAAAUUGAACGUAAUCCAUUAAUGUUUAAGUGAAUAAAUAACAGUUUUAA